AUGGUCUCUGCUAUCCUCGCUCGAAGGGCCGUCCCUCUGGCCCGCUCCAAUCUCAACAUGGGCGCCAGGCGUUUUGCGCACGUCGAGAACACUCAUGGCUCACGCUCAGUGGUCACGAACGUCACAAUCGCUGACAUCCUCAUUCACCCUCUGACACGACCAACGUGCCACGCUGCAUUCCUAUCAGAGACCUCCCUGCCUUUCGGCCAAGGACCCAAGAACAAGGUGCCAAUCGCCAUCGGACUGGUCACUUUCCUCGCCACUGGCUUCUCCUUGCCAUUCCUUGCUGCACGUUUCCAAUACAAGAAGGCGAACAGCUAA